UUCCCAGCAGGAAAUAACUCUUAUUAAUUGAAUUAAAUACGGAAUCGCUAUUAAGUUAAAAAAAGUGGUUACCGCAGUGGGAUCCGAACCCACGACCUCCCGUUUUCAUGACGGAUGCUCUAACCUCUGCUCUGAAAACUCUUAUUAAUUUUCAGAUUUGCAAAAAACUUUAUACACACUCAACUAGCUUGGAGAAACACAUUGAGCGAAGUCACGCUACGCCCCGAGCACGUGUCUCAUGCAGCAUUUGCCACCGAACAUUUUCGCACAGUUCACAUCUACUCCGACACAAGAGAAGUAUUCAUGCCAAAGUCCGACCCUGUUUCCCAUGCACGUUCGACGGAUGUCAGAAGCGGUACAGACAUAAAGCGGAUUUAGGAGUGCACGUGAAAAUUCACCGAAAAUCCGGAUCGGUUUCCGUGCACCCUUUGUGGAUCCGAAUUUCCGCAGAGAAAGCAACUCGAUCGACACAUUGGGACCCAUACGAAGGAGAAGACCUUCAAGUGCACCACGUGUGGGAGGAGUUUCGCUUUGAAUGGAACUUUGCAGGAUCACAUGGCUCGGCACGUUGAGAAAUCUAAUCGAAAAUUCGUUCCGUGUAAUCGAUGUGAUUCAAGAUUUUUUAGCAGAAAUGGUUUUAAUCGACACAUCCGAGAUUAUAACGAAAACCGAAAGAAUUUCCGAUGCAAGUUUUGCGACCAGAGGUUUGGAUCCGUUUGUGCUUUGAGGGGACAUGUCAGAGACAAGGGUAAUUUUGAGAAGAAGCAUGCCUGCUAUUUCUGUGGAAAUAAGUUCCAAACAUGGCCCGAGUUGGUGAAACACUUGGGCAGAAUUCACACACUUGAAAAAUGAUCAUGCUUCCAAAUUUGAUCCAGUACUUCGCAUUAUUUAUGAUAUUAGGAUGUAUGUAUAUUUGUUAAAUAAUAUCAUUAAAUAAUGCCUCGCAUAUCACGGCCCUCUUAAUAUAUGCAGAUUUCGAGUA